AUGUUUCUCACUGUUUCUGAUCAAUCGAGUACUGUUCUUCAAAUUCUUUUAUAUAUAAAUAUUCAUUAUACAAUAUUUUGGUUUAUUCUUGAAAUUUCUCUUUUUAUUUUUAAAUAUUAUCAUCUACCAUAUGCAACAAGUGCAUUUGGUCUAGAAAUGGCAAUUAUAUUUAUGUUAUGUUUAAAUGAAUUUCUUCGAGAAUAUUUUGGUAUGAAAGGAAAUUUAAUGUUAAAAUCUAUUCUUUUAAUUAUUUUUAUUUUAUAUGGAUUUUUUUCUAUAAUUGGUUUUAUUUUCUUUCUUAUUUUACAAUCAUAUACACAACGUGUAGAAAUUCUGCUCUCAGCUAUUAGUUUAACAUUAAUUACAUUUGAAACAUUAUUCAGUAUUAUAACACUUAUUCUUAAUAAUCGAGCAAUGCCUGUUUUAUCAAAACAAGAAAAAAUUAAACGAGUAAAAGAAGCUCAAAGUCGAUUUGAAUCAUCAAUAAAAACUGAAUAA